AUGGCGUCAUCGCGUCCCCCACCGUCGAAAUCAGUGGAUCUGGACCUCACCAUCGUGGCGGCGAAGCACCUCAAGAACGUCAACUGGAAGAACGGGGAUCUGAAGCCCUACGUCGUUUUUUGGGUGGACCCCGAGCGCCGUCUGGCCACCAAAUCCGACGACUCCGGCAACACCUCCCCUGUCUGGAACGAGCGCUUCGCCCUCCCACUCCCUCUCCCUCUCCACGAAUCCUUCCUCACCCUCGAGAUCUUCCACUCCAAACCCUCCGACACUCCCAAACCCCUCGUCGCCACCCUCCGCCUCCCCCUCAAGGACCUCCACGACCUCCACGACUCCACGCGCCUCCGAAAGUUCCCCCUCUCCCGCCCCUCCGGCCGCCCCCACGGCAAGAUCCACCUCAAACUGGGCCUUCUUGGCCGCCCCCAAUUCCAAUCCCUCGAUUACCUCAACCCCAACCACAACCCUAACCCCAACCCCAAUCCCAAUCCCAACCCUAGUCAUAACCCUAAUUUCGUCUUCUACAGGGGAUAUUCUCAUUCCCAUUCCCCUUCUCCACCACCCUCCCCAUACCCUUCGUACACCUCUUACCCCGAUUCAUAUAAUUCUUCUUACUAUCCCGGUUACUAUUCUGGUGCCGCUCCUCCUCCUCCUCCUCCUCCUCCUCCGAGACCCUUCUUAGACCGUUACGCUGGGCCCAGUGGGCCUUCCGCUCCGCUUGAUUAUUCAACCUGCUACGACCCCAAGCCCAAGCCUCCCAAAAUGGGCCUCGGCACUGGCCUCGCUGUUGGCGCUGUUGCUGGAGCUCUCGGUGGGCUUGCUCUAGAAGAGGGGCUCAAAUACGAAGAGGACAAAAUCGCGGAGAGGGUCGAGAACGACGUCGCUGCUAGUGCUGCGCGCGACGAUUACAGCGAUUAUCGAGUGGAUUACUGA